AUGGACGGUGAAGCAGAAGGAACUCAGCAGCCUCACCUGAUUCUAGCCCCAAGCUCUUCCUCCUCACUCAUACCGAUGUCCAAGACAUUGAGAAAGUCCAGCUCAAGUAUGGCUCCUUUGUAUGAAACCCUAACAACGUCCUCUGUACUGGAAUUGGAUCAGAGCUUGUUAAAUUCUAUGAGGGCUAGUAACGAGGAAGGGCUUAAGAAGCUCGACGAGAAGAUUGCAGAUGCAGAAGAAAAUUUAGGCGAACGUGAGGUCCGUGAAGCUCAUCUUGCUAAAGCUCUGUAUUUCAUCAGGAUUAGUGAUAAGGAAAAAGCUUUGGAGCAGCUAAAACUCACAGAAGGAAAAACUGUUGCUGUUGGGCAAAAGAUGGACCUCGUGUUCUACACAUUGCAGCUUGCGUUUUUGUACAUGGACUUUGAUUUGGUAUCGAAGAGUAUUGACAGAGCGAAAAAGUUGUUUGAAGAGGGUGGUGACUGGGAGAGGAAGAACAGGCUAAAGGUUGUUGAUGCGCCUGAGAUCUUAACAGUGCUUGGGAAGAUACCAUUCCUUUCUGAGUUCUUGAACUCCCUCUACGAGUGCCAGUACAAGGCAUUUUUCUCAGCAUUUGCUGGAAUGGCAGAACAGAUAAAGUUUGACCGUUACUUGUACCCACACUUUCGGUUCUACAUGAGGGAAGUGAGAACGGUGGUAACAGUAGUGUACUCUCAGUUUUUGGAAUCUUACAAAAUGACGGUUGAUACCAUGGCAGAUGCCUUUGGUGUUUCAAUGGUCUUCAUUGAUGCAGGGCUGUCACGCUCCAUUGCUGCUGGGAAGCUUCACUGCAAGAUAGACAAAGUUGCAGGUGUUUUGGAGACAAACCGUCCAGAUGCAAAGAAUGCACUUUACCAGGCAACAAUCAAGCAAGGGGAUUUCUUGCUAAACAGGAACCAGAAGCUCUCUCGAGUCGUUGAUCUGUGA